AUGGACUGUUUGGCAACUGUUUUUGCAAAGGUCGGUAUGGAGUCACUGCUCCUGAAUAUCCCUUUUGUGUGCAAGUCAUGGUACAAAGCGAGUCUCAGUCCUUGCUGCUGGCUAAGUCUCGACUUCACGGAAAUUUUAACCGAGUACUACUAUGAUUGGAUGAAAAGAUUUGUAGAUGAAUAUACAAUUGAUGAGAUGUUUUUCACUGUCACCGGAUUUAUGAAGCUCGUCAUCCAUCGUAGUAAAGGGCAGGCUACUUUUCUCAAGCUACCUGGAUGCUGUACCCUCGAAGCAUUCAAAUAUGUUGCAGAUGUGUGUCCUGGCCUCAAGGCUUUGUCUUUGCCUAGUGAACUAGUGUUUCUGGAACCCAGCAUGAUAAUAGAACUGAUUCAAAAGUGGGAAAAUUUGGAGUCAUUGUCAUUGAAAGUUGGCAGGUGUCCUGGCCUCAAGGCUUUGUCUUUGCCUAGUGAACUAGUGUUUCUGGAACCCAGCAUGAUAAUAGAACUGAUUCAAAAGUGGGAAAAUUUGGAGUCAUUGUCAUUGAAAGGUCGCAUAAAUAUUGCUGAACUCCUUUCACCGAUCAGCCUUCACUGCAACAACUUUCGUCGUUUAGAUAUACGUGGUGCUUCAGUAGGUGAAGAUGCGGCGUUGUCGAUCGUCAAAUUGGUGCCUAAUAUUGAGCACUUAAGCUUGAGAAGGGCAAGUAUUCCUCGGAGCAGUCUUAUAACAAUCUUACGGGGCUGUAAGAAGCUUGUAUGUUUGGAUGUUAGUGGUUGUAUUGGUUUUGAUGAGGAAGAUGAGGAAAUAUCAAAGCUUGCUUCUCAUAUUUCUAAUUUCAGCUGUCAGGGUUCUAGACCUAGACUCUACUAUGAUUCUGAUUCUGAUUCCAAUGAUUAUUAUGAUUCUGACGAUGAUUAUGACCAUGAUGAGUAUGAUGGCUCUGAUGGGUACUACUAUGGUGGAGGCAAUUCUGAUUGA